AUGCUGCAUUUUGCCUGUGUUGUUAUCUCUUUAAAGCAAAAUCUGGAGAACAAGCAAAUGGAGACUUUGUUGGUGAAGGGUUUAGGAACUAGAAAAAGGGGGGAAAGACUGAAAGAACAUGUCGGAGGUCCAAAUAGUGCUCACAAUAAAGCUUGGGCUAUGUGUGAAGCUUUGAAAAAUCAGAAACAACAUAUCCAAUAUGCAUUUGACAAGCAGACAGAUCAAAAUCGAAGAGAUUAUCGAAUGAGGUUAAAUGCAUCAAUUGACUGUGUUCGAUUUCUUUUACGUCAGGGACUUGCAUUCCGCGGUGAUGAUGAAUCAAAGACUUCAACAAAUCGGGGUAACUUUCUUGAGCUUUUGAAUUUUCUGGCAGAUCACAAUGAUGAUAUUAAAUAUGUUAUAAAUGGUGCUCCUGAAAAUCUCAAAUUGAUAGCACCUAGUAUUCAAAAGGAUAUUGUGAAUGCUGCUGCAGCGAAAACUAUUAAUAUCAUCAUGGAAGAGAUAGGAGGUUCACUAUUUUCUAUUCUAGUUGAUGAAUCCCGCGAUAUUUCAAUGAAAGAGCAGAUGGCAAUUGUGCUACGUUUUGUGAAUAAGGAUGGUUGUAUAGUUGAAAGGUUUGUCGGUGUUGAACAUGUUACUAGCACUACUGCUCUUGCACUAAAAGAAGCAAUUUGUUGUUUCUUUUCUAGAUAUAACUUGAGUAUUUCGAGGUUGCGAGGUCAAGGUUAUGAUGGAGCUAGUAAUAUGCAGGGUGCGUUUAAUGGUUUAAAAGCUCUUAUUUUGAAGGAGAAUCCAUGUGCCUUUUACAUUCAUUGUUUCGCUCACCAACUUCAACUUGCUCUUGUAGCUGUUGCAAAGAAACAUAUUCUAGUUUCUGCACUAUUCUUCUCAUUUACUAGUGUAGUAAAUGUUGUUGGUGCUUCUUCCAAAAGGUGUGACAUUCUUCACCAAAAAGAAGCUGAGAAAAUUUUUAGUGCCCUCAACAAUGGUGAUCUUGUAAGUGGAAGAGGUUUAAAUCAAGAAACUACACUCAAACGCCCAGGUGAUACACGAUGGAGCUCUCACUAUGAUACUUUGAUUAGUUUGAUCACUUUGUUUUCUUCUACAAUCAAGGUUCUUGAGAUAAUUGUGGAAGACGGGGUAAGUUCUGAGCAAAAGGGUGAGGCAAACAAUUUAUUGGGAUUGAUGCAGUCGUUUGAUUUUGUUUUUACCUUACAUUUGAUGAGAUCCAACUUAGGAAUUACAAAUGAAUUGUCAAAGGCAUUGCAAAGGAAAGAUCAAGAUAUUGUCAAUGCCAUGGCUCUCGUGAAAAUAGCCAAGAAACGACUACAAAUGAUGAGGGAUGAAGGAUGGGAUUCUUUUUAUGAUCAAGUUUCUUCCUUUUGUAACAAAGAAAACAUCGAUGUUCCAAAUAUGAGUGAUAAAUUUGUAGUUCAAUGCAGGUCAAGGCGUAAAGCUCCUGAAGUUACAAAUCUUCAUCAUUAUCGAUUUGAUGUGUUCUUUUCUAUCAUAGAUAUGCAGCUCAUGGAGUUAAAUGACCGUUUCAGUGAGGCAAAUACAGAUUUGUUACUUUCUGUUGCAUGUUUAUGUCCAGAUGAUUCAUUCUCGGCUUUUGAUAAGCAUAGAUUGAUUAAUCUUGCUAGAUUCUACCCUCAAGACUUCUCUACAUUUCAGAUUGAGGCACUUGAUGAUCAGCUUGAAACUUAUAUCCUUGAUAUGCGUUCUACUGAUGGGUUUGGAAGAUUAAAAGGUAUUGGAGCUCUUGCACAAAAGAUGGUUGAGACGAAAAAGCAUGAGGUAUAUCCAUUGCUUUAUUUGCUUAUAACACUAGCUCUUAUUCUUCCGGUUGCCACUGCUACAGUUGAAAGGGUAUUUUCUGCAAUGAAUAUCAUAAAGAAUCGUCUACGCGGUCGGAUGGGAGAUCAGUGGAUGAAUGAUAGUUUGGUUGUAUAUAUUGAGAAAGAGAUUUUUGAUAGUGUUGAUAAUGAGUCAAUCAUGCAAAUGUUUCAGUCAAUGAAAACUCGCAGAUUUCAAUUGUAA